AUCCUCUUGAUUCUUUCCUCACUGGUCUCCACGUUUGCCAAUCCUGAAGGUAUGAUUUUCCUUAGCGUUGGCAUUAAGAUAAGGCUAAAACAAAGACUGAGGUUUUAUUUCACGUUAACUUGAAAAAAAAAAUUGAAAAGAAGUAGACGCCAUAAAAGUUACCACAAGUUUUAUUCUGGACACAAUAGUCGAUGUACAAAAAGCCUGCUUGCGUGGUAAUAUUUUUCUCAUUUUAUUUACCUUUUUAAUAAAAUUGUAAGCAAAUGGCGAAGCUUCUAAAUGAAAUAAAUUAAGCGCGUGAUUUUAAGUUUAACGUACGUCUUAACAACUUAGUACAGCCUGUGUUUUCCAACAAACUCGCGCGGGAAACGCUUGCCAACACAAGGCAGCAUGCGCAGGUUAUAGUUUAGUAAGGAUGAUUCCCAUUUUCUUAAUUUUAUCACAUGAUAGAAAGUUCAAAAUUAAGGGUGGUUUUAACAAACAUUCCAGACAAAGUCAUACGUUUCGGGCCAAUCAUGCAUCAAAAACAAGGACAAAAUAAUGCCAUUGAUUUGCAACUGCCUAAAGAAUAAUUAUUGACGGCUGAAAUACACUUUGUGAUCCUUGUUAAGUGAUUUUAAUUUGUUAUUUUUCCAUUAACUUGCUACAAAAAAAAAAAACUUAUAUAAAAAUUACUUAUAACUAAAACCGGGGGAAACUGUAAGGCUGAACAGUUUCCAUGCUCUAACUGCAGUCUCUUGGCUUCUUCAAUUUUGUCCAUCACUGCCUUUUUUGAACCCUUAGGGACGGACCAUUAGAAAAGUUAUUGGGGGGGGCGGGAAUUUACGAGCCACAGGAAUUUUUUUUCGUUAUCAAAUUCUUUGUAUGAAUUUUUUUUAGGCCAUAGCAUGAAUAUUUUUUGGGGUUAAUUGGCGUGCAUGAAUUUUUUUUCAUUAAAUUUUCCCUUGCGCGAAUAUUUUUUUUGUACUUCGCCCGCUCCCCCCCCCCCACCCCCAUAAGUUUUCUAAUGGUCCGUCCCCUACUGUUUCAACUUCUGUUAACUUCUGCAAUUUACUGUUCAAAUUCAAUUAGUGGCUUUUUAAAUUAUUGACAGCUGACCUUACCAGUAACUGGUUUUGGGUAUUUUAAAAUAGUCGCUUGACACAUAUUCUUUAAUUCUCAUAAUAUUAUCCAAUAAAUUUGUUUUUCCUACAGAAAAUUUAAACUCCAAGGAUGAUCUCUUUGAAGGGGAUAUGCGGUUUACUAACUAUCAGAAAGCUGCCGCAAGAGGUCUGAUUCGGUCAACGAUUAAGACCAAGAAAUGGACUGGGGCUGUUGUUCCUUAUACCAUCCAUUCUUCGUUAGGUAAGAAGUGACAGGAGCACAACAUCGUAUUCGACUCGUCUUUAAGGGGCUUUUAAGGCCAAGUAAAAAAAGCAAAAUGUUUCUCUUCCGGAUUUCGUUAAAAAAGAGAGCGGACGGGCCUUUUUUUAUUUGCUUUAUUUUUGCCAAUUGAAUGCUUCUUUACAAACUGUUACCCUUCCCCAGGGAUAAGUUGAAGUUCUUAGGUCAGAUAUGAAUAAAUGAAGCAUCAGAUUUGAUUAAACACAAAUUUGGUUUAUUUUGAUACAUGUUCUAAAAACAGGCGAUUCGACAUACGACAUAUCUCAAUAGGUAGCGUAAUCUCGAAAAAUCUUUUAAAUACGAUUUUUUCGUGACUUCAUCGGCGUGGCGGUACUCUAAUAGAUAAUAGGGACCUUAAGAUCAGACGACGGCGACGGCGACGGCAACGGGAACCCCACAAAAGCAAUAGGUUUAAUAACCAAAAUAACAAUUUUGCACGUGCAUCACGCUUUUUUGUACAUUUCUUUGCCGUCACUGCGCGACUACGACGUGAAAAUGCCAAAUUUCACGAUGCACAGAGGAAGUACACAAGCAAUUUUCCUCUCUCUUUCUGAACUUAAAUGUGGUUCUUAGGAAUUCAACUUUAGGAGGGUUCGCCUACAUUUGACAAAGUUAGUGACUUGGAGUAAUCGCGAUGAAGAUUAAAAGGACGCGAAUUCACUUUUUUAGCGACGUUUUCUCUGCCGUCGCCGUUCUCUGAUCUUAAGGUCCCUAAUAUGCAACGAUCAAUCUUAGCGCGCAAAGCUCUCACUGCAUUGUGUAACAAGAAAUAAAGAAAAUCAUAAUAAGGUACUGCGGGUAAUUUGGGGGUGGGGAUGAGAGGUGAAUAAGACAAACAUGAUAAAGACGAGUUACAUAACUUCGUUUACUUAUUUUGAUUUUGACAUAGCAAAUGAACAAUGGGCAGUGAACGCCAUUAAAGGAGGAAUUGCAGAAUGGGAACAAAAGACAUGUUUACGUUUCAAACAAAGAUCAAAUGAGAGGAGUUACCUGGAGUUCUUUUUGGGAAGUGGGUAGGGAGAAAGAUUUCUUGUAUUGUUGAUACCCCAUUUCAUAAAAGAAACGUCAAAACUGAGCAUAAUUGUUUCUAUAAUUAACAACAGCCUGAUUUCGUUUUUCGUGUAUACUUAUCUUGUUACCAUUGCGCUUGAAUAGAAUUCCGCGAUUGAACAAAUUUAACCAACUUUUUGCCAAAAAAGCAAGGAAAUAUAUCGGAAUCCUUAAUCAUAGUUCAUAUUUCUUGUCAAAUUUUUGGUUCUUUUUUUAUACAGAAUAAAAAAAAAUUAAUACAAUGCAGAAAAAUUUAAAAAAACCGAAAAACUUAAUGAAAUUAUGACAAUGAGUUCAAUCAUCAUCAUCACAAUCACGACAACCUUCACGAUCACGAUCACGCUCAACUAUCACAAUCACCAUCAAAGAGUACCACAACCAUCACAAUCCACUACCACAGUCAUAAUCAUAAUCAUAAUGAUUAUCAUAAUCAUAGUCAUAUUCCCGGGUAGAGAAUUUUUAUGCGCUUUUCCCGUCAUCGUCGUCAUCCCCACCACAAUCACGAUAACGAUCACGAUCAUAAUUAUAACAAAAAUCAUAAUCCUGAUAAUCUUUAUUUUAAUCAACCAUUAUCAUCAUCAUAAAAUAAUACUAUCAUAAUACUGGGUAGAGAAGUUGUGCUUUACCCAUCAUCAACGUCAUUGCCAUAUCAUUCACGACUUAACGGGAGCGGAGGAGUAUGAAGUCGUUACAGAAAGCUUGUUUUUCAAUGAGAAAAGAGAUGAGUAUAGGCUAAGGAGACAGGAGGACACGUAGUGAAAAUAGACCAUAAUCACAAUACUAACACCAAUACUGUACUUAGUCCAAGGAUAAUAAUAAUAAUAAUGAUAAUGAUAAUUAUUUUAAGUCAUAAUGUAAUUUUUCCUUUAGUUGCUGGUCAUGGGUAGGAAUGAAUGGCGGAAAACAGCAAGUUUCGCUCGGUAGAGGUUGUUGGUAUACAGGUGUUGCAGCUCACGAAAUUGGUAAGCAGACACAAUGAUUCAACAGUUGGAAACGAUUUUAAAACGUUUACUCCAAAAAAAUCAAGCAUUGUCUUAUUUUAUCAAUCUGCUGUCACCUUGCCAUUAUGAAGCUUGAGUCUCGCUAAUGAUAAUUUUCCGUAAAUAGCGGCACUGUAGAUGGCAAUUAACUAUAAUGAGGUAGGCAGAAAAUAUUUACGGUUUCAUUAUUAACAGUUACAUUAAUAAAUUGUUCUAAUUGAUUUGGUCUGUAAAUUAAAUCGCCUUGGAAAACGUUUGCAGGAAAGCGUGUAUGCUUCUGAUAAAGCAGAAUGAGGAUUAUCUUUAACUGCAACUUUCUUUAUCGAAAGCGCUAUAUUAUACACUUAAUGUCAGAUCCCAAGGGAAACAGUUAGUUUUGUUUUCCCGAGAGUCCUGAUGUUUCCCGAGACGAAGUUGAGGGAAACAUCAGGACUCGAGGGAAAACAAAACUAACUGGUUUCCCGAGGGAUCUGACAUUAAGUGUUUUGUUAUAUUUCUAGAACUUUCACUUCAACAGCAACAAAAGAAUAACCGGAGCGAACCAAAACAGUCGACUCGGUACUUAUAACAACACAAAUUUAAUUCCCAAAACCACUGAAUGAAUGAUUUACAAACAAAAGUACUUUCCUUAUAUCAUCUGCAUCUUUUUCCUCCACUAGCUGCUGUUUUUCUUCGACUGGGAACUUCUGAGAUAACUUUAAAAAUGGUUGCUUUUUAGCUUGAGGCUUCGUGGUUGUGUUGUUGUGUUCAUUCACGAAAAAGAAAACCGGCAGGACCUGGCGGUGUUUUUCCCGCCUUCUGUCACGCCACUUUCCACCAUGCUUUGAUCACGUGCUGCAAUGUAUCCCGAGCGGGAUACAUUGUUUAAUGUAUCACGAUCGGGAUACAUUUGAUUUUAGUCAAGGCCACGUGACCAAGAAUCAACCAAUGGCAGUCCCUGUUUAGUUGAGUGAAAUUCUAGGAAUAUAACAAUUAUUUUUAAUGUAUGUUUUAUAACAACAGGACACGCUCUUGGUUUUUACCACGAACAGUCCAGACCCGACCGAGAUCAGUACGUCAAGAUAUUUUGGGAAAACAUUUCUUCAGGUAUCUUUUUUUAUUAUCAGUAUUAUUAUUAUUUUUUUGCCCCGCCCUUUUAAUAGUAGAUCAUACAAACCGUUAAGAAUCUUUUCCGUAGCCGAGUCACAACGAUGAUGUGAGAGCGAUACUGAGUGAUAUUAAAGUGGUUACUGAUGACAAUUUUAUUCAUACUGUUUAUUCAAAGUACUGAUUUCCAAGUCAACUGAAGGUAUUACUUCUAUUACACGGGAACCUGUCCCUGCGUAUUUUUCGCAGUUUUAAACAAACGGAUAUCAACAAACGCAUUAUAAAUAAGCAGAUAUAUAAGGUCUUUGUGGCGACUUCGGGGAUAAUAGAAUUCUGAAAUUUGUAAAAUUCCUGAAAAAAGUGAUUAUCAAUGUCAUUUAUUUGCACAGGGUGUUUAAUUUACUGUCCAGAACGCAAAUUUUCUUCUUCUAGUCCAGUCCAUUUCCUAGACCUUAGACCUCAAGGAAUUUUCAAAAAAAUAUACUCGUGCUCACAGAGACAAGCAGAGAAAAUACUAUCUACUCUGGUGAAUAAUGAAGUUAUUCAUCUGCUUUAAAUUUCUCGAUAAUUUUACCUCACAACCCGGUAGGUAAGAUCCUAAACAACGUAUUGAGUUCAUAAUCCCUGGAGCACACUCCCAAUCUGAUGAUCCACUAUAGCCAAACUAAAGGUGAUGUUACACGGAACGAUUUGCAACAACGAUUUUUAGGGCAACACAGCGUUACAAUGUUGGAACAAUGUUGUAACCAUUCGAAACAAUGUGGCAACAAUGUUGCGACGCUGUGUUGCGCUAAAAAUCGUCGUUGCGAAUCGCCUCUUGUAACAUCACCUUAACGACAUCUGUUUUCAAUUUUUUUUAGGUCAUGCGCAUAACUUUAACAAAUACGGAACGAACUUUGUUACUACUUUUGGGACACCGUAUGAUUAUAACUCCGUUAUGCACUAUUCUCGAAGAGCUUUCUCGAAGAAUGGGCAGAACACAAUCGUCGCACUCAGUGAUCCCAAUGUAAGAUUUCCUCAGAGAUAAAAUGUUGUUGGAAAUGAUCUUUUAUAAUCUGAUGAUCACAGAACUGGUACAUCUUCACCGGUUUGUUCAAUCUGACAGCUAAGUUACUGUCUGUAUUUAUUUUAUUUUAUUUUUUUUUUUGAGCUGCUACAUGACCCUUUUUUUUUUGCCAAGAACAGAAUAUAAACACAACACUGUGCAUAUAUAUCACCUUUAAGCACGGAACUCAUGUCCUCGUCAUUUCGUCAUUUCCGUUUUUUUAACCAGCACCUUUUUUAUUCCAGAUUGCUCUUGGUCAAAGACGAGGCUUAAGCAAAAUCGACGCGGAAGAAAUGAGUUUGCGAUACGGAUGCGCUGGUUUGUAAAUUUUUGCUUGCCUUUUUAUCUUUUGUGAACGUGAUUGUUUUAUUUGUUUUUGACAGAGUUUUUGGUGUUAUUGCGUUUACUUGCGUGUAGUAUAUAAUGGCAUUCUCGUAUAGGGAUACAAACGCUUAGGAAUUAACGGGAUGCGGAAUAUUAAGGCCACAAACCAAUGGCAAACGGGAUACUCAGAACCCCCUAAAUGCGGCCUCUUUGGUCUCUCCGGGUCAGGUACAUGUAGUUAAAUGCCAUACACUCACGUCACAUCGCUACGACGAAUUUGAACGUACGUCAAUUGCCAUGUGAGCUUAUAAAUUAGCCGGCCUUUCUAACUUUAUGUCUGGGGAGAAAUUUUUUGAGAACUGGGAACCGGUUUUUCUUAUUUAGAGAUUCUUCAGGAGCCAGACGUCUUUGAAGAUCAGCAGAUAUAGUGACAUUUGAAAUUUACCUUUAAACUUUACGACUGUUAAUAUUAAUCUGCAUUUUGGACGGUUAAGGGUAAUAAUUGACCGUUUUUACUGUUGACGGUUAACCCCACUGAGACCCUGUGCGUAUAGUUUCAUUUUUAUUGCCCUUUGAGAUGCGUAACCUUCUUUUUGGAUUUAUUUUCAAAUUUCAUUGUAGGAGCAACUCAGGGUCCUCAGCUGACAACCUUAACGCCAACUGCGCCUUCUACAGCUCCUCCCACAGCCCCGCCUACACCACCUCCUACAGGUAAGUCCAAUUGCAACACUACAAGCCUGAAAGUCAUUACUGAUAUCAAUUACGGUCACAUAAAUAAGCUAUUUGUCUGACCUCUAGGGGCCUACAGAUGGCAUGGGAUCUGCUUGUAAUUAGCUUUAUCCAAGAGACCUGUACGUAGAUUUAAGACAGUCUUCGAUUCUGGAUUCUACUCUGUGGAUUCUGGACUCCGAGUACUGGAUUCCGGAUUCCAAUCAUAAGCGGGAUUCCGGAUUCCUUGAUCUGAAUUCUAAGGAUUCCGGAUUCAAAAAGCAAAACUUUUAUGGUUUAUCCUUGUUUCAUGGCAGUUAAUCUAUCUGUUCACCGCAGAUUGCAAAGAUUCCGAGUGGUACGCUGAUCAGUGUCCAACUUUGGCACAAUACCCAGGGUACUGCCAACACCACCAUGAAUGGACGAAGAAAUACUGCGCUAAGUCUUGUGACUGGUGU